AUUCUAAUUUAUUCAAUUCAAUUACGAAAUUUCAAACCAAAGGGAAAUUUAAUUCUUGUUGGACAAAAAAGGUUUUGCAUUCCGACAGGUUCGACUGUAUUAUUAAUUAUAUCAAUUAAUAUGGAUUUUUAAUAAAAAUUUUUGUUGUAGGUAUGAAAAAUGAUCUUGGAAAAUAAUAUAAACAUUUUUAUCUCUGUGUGUUUUUUCGGUCACUUUUGCCGGCAAUGUCCUUGGGUUUUGUCAAUUUCAGAGAUGGAGGUACAUUCGGCGGUUUAUCAGGGAUGCUACGACAAAUACUUUCACCCUCACCCGAACAGGCAGAUAUCGGAUUAGCCGGCUGCUGUAAUUAUCUACAACCAUCAGUCUUCAUGAAUCAUCCAACGAUGAUGCCAUCGAGUUUACAAAUGGCACCAUCACUAUCACAUCUCUCGGUUCUCUAUCCAGAGCAACCUGUUCUCCACGAGCAUGUACAAAUUCUCGGCGAAUCUUAUUCAUGUCCAAAUUGCGGCCUCGAAUUUCGCACUAUUCUCAAAUUAAAUUAUCACAUAAAAACAAGUCAUCCUCAACGUGAGGAAAUUGACAAUCGCAAUCAAAUGAAUAUUGUCCAAGCUCCAAUUGGCUUGGUCGACAACAAUAUUAUCAAUCAACCACGUUACACUUGUCAAAUUUGCUCGAGGACAUUCCUCGCUCAAAGUCACUUACGAAUGCACGAGGUGACACAUUCAACGCCAAUGAACAGUGUCACAUCGACCUCAUACGUUCAAACACCCAAUGUCGCCACGAGACAAGAAAAAACCUUCUCCUGCGAUCAAUGCCAGGCGACAUUUCGCUAUCGAACACUACUCGAGCGUCAUAAAAAAUUACACGAGACAAAUCAGGACAAACCCUAUUCGUGUCCAAAAUGUUUCAUGCGCUUCGAAACACGUAAUCUUUAUAAUCAUCACGCGAAAACACACAAACCCGAUUGUCGGGCAGUUGGUACAAUUGCGCCAACUGCAAUUGUACCGGCGACGCCGAUAAACAUAAUAAGCCCACAAUCGGGACUUUUAACAACGUCAAAUCCUUCGUAUCCCUGUGAUUCGUGCACGAAGGAAUUUCCAACACCUGAAUUGCUCAAUAGUCAUAAAUCGGUACAUCGUUUGAGACCAUUGGUGUGCGAUGUUUGUGGCAAGGGUUUCACUCAUCGUAAAUAUUAUGUUGUCCAUCAGCGUAUUCACACUGGUGAACGGCCAUAUUUAUGUGCAAUGUGUGGAAAAUCAUUUACACAAGCAUCAACAUUGACGGUACAUCGACGUUAUCAUACCGGUGAACGUCCUUAUACUUGUACACUAUGCGGUAAGGGUUUCGUUACACGCACCAUUAUGCUCAAUCAUAUGAAAAAACAUUAGAGAAAAAGAAAAAUAGUUGUAAUUUAGUCGUCGAAAUGUUGUCUCUCUGUGAUAUAAUUAUUCUAUCUACAUUGUUAUCGAUGGCGUAAUUACGAAAUUUUUUAAAACCAAAAGGCAAAUUUUUAAUCAGAUAGGUAAUAAUUUUUUUAUAGGGAAAUUUAUCUG